GAUGUUAACAUGGUUCAGCAGCAUGGUGCAGCCUCAGACAGACACGUGGGAGAUGGUGGGGGACGAGGGAGGCGGGGCUCUCCGGGUUCCACUUGAGCUGGCAGCCAAUGAGGUGGUGACCAGACUACUGGGAGACAACCAGCAGCUCCGAGGUACGUCUCUCACACCACUGGAAGACUUUAUUUGAUCCACAAUGAGGCACAGAUUGUGUGUGUGUGUGCGUAGAGACGUUGCGGUGCAGCAACCAGGCCCUGCGUGAGCGCUGUGAGUAUUAAUGCUAUUUCUGUGUGUGUGUGUGUGUGUGUGUGCGUGCGUAGAGGCGUUGCGGCGCAGCAACCAGGCCCUGCGUGAGCGCUGUGAGGAGAUGGAGGGAUGGCAGCGGAGGUCUAGAGAAGAGAGGGAGUUCCUCAGCUGUCGUUUCCAGGAGGCCCGGGCUCUAGUGGAGAGACUGGCCAGGGAGAACCACAGCCUCACCAGCCUGGCCAGCCCCUCCAACCCUGGAGCUGACCAAGGCCUGCUGGUCAACGGCCCCAGUUUCAGCCAGGGCUCCUGCCCCAACUCCACCAACUGCAGCUCCAAUGGGGGUCCUGGGAGGGGAGGGGAGCAGGAGAAGAGCUCAGAGACCAACGGACCCAUGGCAUCCUCACUGGUCAGUACAGAGGGAGGGAUGGUUGGAUUCAGAAUACCUAAUACAUUCUUGAAGUGGAGUUGAAUUUAAGUAGUAAACAUGAUACAGAAUUGCCUCUUCUAUUCUAUCAAAUAUACAUCUUGUACAUCAAACAUUUUGUUAUAUACAUGCAUAUAAAAUAUUGUUUAAACAAUUUAUUUUCAGGACAAACUCUUAGAAUAUUCAUUUGUUUUCCUUGAUCAUUCAUUUUAAGUUAUUAUAUUUCAUUAAUCAGUUACUAAUUAAGUUCAGUGGGGAAAAUACAACAUUUUCCAGAAUAAAUUAGCUUAACCCUCAAGUUGACCCUGAGGCCUUCAAAAAGAAGCCAAACAAAUGAAAUGGUUGGUGGAAAUACAGUGAGUGUACAAAAAACAUUAGGAGCACCUGCUCUUUCCAUGACAGACUAACCAGGUGAAAGCUAUAAUCUCUUAUUGGUUUUUCACGCUCAACAGUUUGCCGUGUGUAUCAAGAAUGGUCCACCACCCAAAGGACAUCCUGCCAACUUGACAACUGUAGGAAGCAUCGGAGUCAACAUGGGCCAGCAUCCCUGUGGAAUGCUUUCAACACCUUGUAGAGUUCAUGCCCUGAUGAAUUGAGGCUGUUCCUUGUAGAGUUCAUGCCCUGAUGAAUUGAGGCUGUUCCUUGUAGAGUCCAUACCCCGAUGAAUUGAGGCUGUUCCUUGUAGAGUUCAUGCCCUGAUGAAUUGAGGCUGUUCCUUGUAGAGUUCAUGCCCUGAUGAAUUGAGGCUGUUCCUUGUAGAGUCCAUACCCCGAUGAAUUGAGGCUGUUCCUUGUAGAGUUCAUGCCCUGAUGAAUUGAGGCUGUUCCUUGUAGAGUUCAUGCCCUGAUGAAUUGAGGCUGUUCCUUGUAGAGUUCAUGCCCUGAUGAAUUGAGGCUGUUCCUUGUAGAGUUCAUGCCCUUAUGAAUUUAGGCUGUUCCUUGUAGAGUUCAUACCCUGAUGAAUUGAGGCUGUUCCUUGUAGAGUCCAUGCCCUGAUGAAUUGAGGCUGUUCCUUGUAGAGUUCAUGCCCUGAUGAAUUGAGGCUGUUCCUUGUAGAGUUCAUGCCCUGAUGAAUUGAGGCUGUUCCUUGUAGAGUCCAUACCCCGAUGAAUUGAGGCUGUUCCUUGUAGAGUCCAUACCCCGAUGAAUUGAGGCUGUUCCUUGUAGAGUCCAUGCCCUGAUGAAUUGAGGCUGUUCCUUGUAGAGUUCAUGCCCUGAUGAAUUGAGGCUGUUCCUUGUAGAGUCCAUGCCCUGAUGAAUUGAGGCUGUUCCUUGUAGAGUUCAUGCCCUGAUGAAUUGAGUCUGUUCCUUGUAGAGUCCAUGCCCUGAUGAAUUGAGGCUGUUCCUUGUAGAGUUCAUACCCGAUGAAUUGAGGCUGUUCCUUGUAGAGUUCAUGCCCUGAUGAAUUGAGGCUGUUCCUUGUAGAGUCCAUGCCCUGAUGAAUUGAGGCUGUUCCUUGUAGAGUUCAUGCCCUGAUGAAUUGAGUCUGUUCCUUGUAGAGUCCAUGCCCUGAUGAAUUGAGGCUGUUCCUUGUAGAGUUCAUACCCCGAUGAAUUGAGGCUGUUCCUUGUAGAGUUCAUGCCCUGAUGAAUUGAGGCUGUUCCUUGUAGAGUUCAUGCCCUGAUGAAUUGAGGCUGUUCCUUGUAGAGUCCAUGCCCUGAUGAAUUGAGGCUGUUCCUUGUAGAGUCCAUACCCUGAUGAAUUGAGGCUGUUCCUUGUAGAGUUCAUACCCUGAUGAAUUGAGGCUGUUCCUUGUAGAGUCCAUACCCUGAUGAAUUGAGGCUGUUCCUUGUAGAGUCCAUGCCCUGAUGAAUUGAGGCUGUUCCUUGUAGAGUCCAUACCCUGAUGAAUUGGUUCCGAGGGCAAAAGGGGGUGCCACUCAAUAUUAGGAAGGUGUUCCUAAUGUUUUGUCCACUCAGUGUAUAAUUGGCUAUUCUAAGCACUAAGAGUAUACAAACAUUGUUUCCAGAGAAAAGUGAUUUUUUUAGUAUCUGGAAGUGUGACCUGUCAGAUUCAAUGAAAACGUUCAUGUUCUAUGACUGAGUGGAAUUUAUUUGCAUUGCACUGAAUUAAAUUAAUUGAAUUUAAACUCAUGAGUUGAACAGGAGUAAAUUCCAAAAUUCUGAAUUGAGCCCAAUCCUGGUGGGUAGACAGAUGGCUGGAGAAGAGGUAGGAGAGAUUGAUCCAUCAACACAUUGUGCUGUAUUUCCUGGUUGACAGGUGACAGACAGACGGAUGGAGAAGAGAGCAGAGGAAAAUGAACAGAUGAUGCUACGCAGCUUGGUAAGAACCUGAGGGAGAAGGGGGAGGAGUUUCUGCAUCGUGUGUGCGGUAAACUCCAGGAGUAGCCCCUCCCCCAGUCCUCCCCCCAGUCCUCCCCCCUCAAUCAGGGAGGGCGAAGGGGGAGGGGCAAGCAGCUUUGUUUACCUUCUAAUUCUUUCAAUUUAAUCCAAGCCUGUACUGGAGUGUAGUUGGUAUAGGGAAGUUAGUGUAGUGUAGUUGGUAUAGGGAAGGUAGUGUAGUGGGUAUAGGGAAGGUAGUGUAGUGGGUAUAGGGAAGGUAGUGUAGUGGGUAUAGGGAAGGUAGUGUAGUGGGUAUAGGGAAGGUAGUGUAGUGGGUAUAGGGAAGGUAGUGUAGUGGGUAUAGGGAAGGUAGUGUAGUGGGUAUAGGGAAGGUAGUGUAGUGGGUAUAGGGAGAGUGAGGUAGUAGUAGGUACGUUGGUAUAGUAGGGGUAUGUAGUGUACUGUAGUUGGUUAUAGGGUAAGGUAGGUACUGUAGUUGGUAUAGUAGUGGGACUGUAGUUGGUAUAGUAAGUUGUAGUGGGUAACUGUAGUUGGUAUAGUAGGUAGUGGUACUGUAGUUGGUAUAGUUAGGUUGUACUGUGGUAUGUGGUAUAUGUUUAGGGGUACUGUAGUUGGUAUAGUUAGGUAGGGUACUGUAGUUGUUGUAUAGUUUAGGUAGGGUACUGUAGUUGGUAUAGUUAGGGGUACUGUAGUUGGUAUAGUUAGGUAGGUACUGUAGUUGGUUAUAGUUAGGGUACUGUAGUUGGUAUAGUUAGGUAGGUACUGUAGUUGGUAUAGUUAGGUAGGGUACUGUAGUUGGUAUAGUUAGGUAGGUACUGUAGUUGGUAUAGUUAGGGUACUGUAGUUGGUAUAGUUAGGUAGGGUACUGUAGUUGGUAUAGUUAGGUAGGGUACUGUAGUUGGUAUAGUUAGGUAGGGUACUGUAGUUGGUAUAGUUAGGGUACGUGUUGGAUAGUAUAGGUACUGUAGUGGUUAGUAGGUGUACUGUAGUUGGUAUAGUUAGGUAGUGUACUGUAGUUGGUUAGUUAGGUUAGGGUACUGUAGUUGGUAUAGUUAGGGUACUGUAGUUGGUAUAGUUAGGGUACUGUAGUUGGUAGUUAGGACUGUAGUGUAUAGUUAGGGUACUGUAGUUGGUAUAGUUAGUUUGGGUACUGUAGUUGGUAUAGUUAGGGUACUGUAGUUGGUAUAGUUAGUUAGGGUACUGUAGUUGGUAUAGUUAGUAGGGUACUGUAUUGGUUUUAGGGUACUGUAGUUGGUAUAGUUAGGGUACUUAGUUGGUUAUAGUAGUGGUACUGUAGUUGGUUACUAGGUUUUGGUAGGGUACUGUAGUUGGUAUAGUUAGAGGUACUGUAGUUGGUAUAGUUAGUAGGGUACUGUAGUUGGUAUAGGGUUAUGGGUACUGUAGUUGGUAUGUUAGUUAGGGUAGCUGUAGUUGGUAUAGUUAGGGCACUGUAGUUGGUAUAGUUAGGGUACUGUAGUUGGUAUAGUUAGUUAGGGUACUGUAGUUGGUAUAGUUAGGGUACUGUAGUUGGUAUAGUUAGGGUACUGUAGUUGGUAUAGUUAGUUAGGUACUGUAGUUGGUAUAGUUUAGGGUGUUAGGGUACUGUAGUUGGUAUAGUUAGGUAGGGUACUGUAGUUGGUAUAGUAGUUAGGGUACUGUAGUUGGUAUAGUAGUUAGGGUACUGUAGUUGGUAUAGUUAGGGUACUGUAGUGGUAUAGUUAGUUAGGGUACUGUAGUUGGUAUAGUUAGUAGGGUACUGUAGUUGGUAUAGUUAGUUAGGGUACUGUAGUUGGUAUAGUUAGGGUACUGUAGUUUGGUAGUAGUUAGGGUACUGUAGUUGGUAUAGUUAGUUAGGGGUACUGUAGUUGGUAUCAGUUAGGGUACUGUAGUUGGUAUAGUUAGUAGGGUAACUGUAGUUGGUUAUAGUUAGUAGGUACUGUAGUUGGUAUAGUAGUUAGGGUACUGUAGUUGGUAUAGUUAGUUAGGGUACUGUAGUUGGUAUAGUUAGGGUACUGUAGUUGGUAUAGUUAGUAGGGUACUGUAGUUGGUUUAGUUAGUUAGGGUUACUGUAGUUGGUUAUAGUGUUAGGGUACUGUAGUUGGUAUAGUUUAGGGUACUGUAGUUGUGUAUAGUUAGUUAGGGUACUGGUAGUUGGUAUAGUUAGGCUUAUUGGUAUGGUAUAGUUUAGGGUACUGUAGUUGGUAUGUUAGGGUACUGUAGUUGGUAUAGUUAGGGGUACUGUAGUGGUAUAGUUAGGGUACUGUAGUUGGUAUAGUUAGGGUACUGUAGUUGGUAUAGUUGGUUUAGGGUACUGUAGUUGGUAUAUAGUUAGGUGUACUGUAGUUGGUAUGUUAGUUAGGGUACUGUAGUUGGUAUAGUUAGUUAGGGUACUGUAGUUGGUAUAGUUAGGGUACUGUAGUUGGUUAUAGUUAGGGUACUGUAGUUGGUAUAGUUAGUGGUACUGUAGUUGGUAUAGUUAGUUAGGGUACUGUAGUUGGUAUAGUUAGUAGUGUACUGUAGUUGGUAUAGUUUGGGUACUGUAGUUGGUAUAGUUAGGGUACUGUAGUUGGUAUAGUUUAGGGUACUGUAGUUGGUAUAGUUAGUAGGUACUGUAGUUGGUAUAGUUAGUAGGUACUGUAGUUGGUAUAGUUAGGUGUACUGUAGUUGGUAUAGUUAGGUAGGUACUGUAGUUGGUAUAGUUAGUUAGGGUACUGUAGUUGGUAUAGUAGUUAGUGUACUGUAGUUGGUAUAGUUAGGGUACUGGUUGGUAUAGUUAGACUGUAGUUGGUAUAGUUAGGGUACUGUAGUUGGUAUAGUUAGUAGGUACUGUAGUUGGUAUAGUUAGGGUACUGUAGUUGGUAUAGUUAGGGUACUGUAGUUGGUAUAGUUAGGAGUGUACUGUAGUUGGUAUAGUUAGGUACUGUAGUUGGUAUAGUUUGUUAGGUCUGUAGUGUUAGUUAGGGUACUGUAGUUGGUAUAGUUAGGGUACUGUAGUUGGUAUAGUUAGGGACUGUAGUUGGUAUAGUUAGGACUGUAGUGGUACUGUUAGGCUGUUUGGUAUAGUUAGGUAGUGUAGUUGGUAUAGGUUUGGGUACUGUAGUUGGUAUAGUUAGGGUACUGUAGUUGGUAUAGUUUAGGGUACUGUAGUUGGUAUAGUUAGUAGGGUACUGUAGUUGGUUAUAGUUAGUAGGUACUGUAGUUGGUAUAGUUAGUUAGGGUACUGUAGUUGGUAUAGUUAGUAGGUACUGUAGUUGGUAUAGUUAGGUACUGUAGUUGUAUAUAGUUGUACUGUAGUUGGUAUAGUUAGGGUACUGUAGUUGGUAUAGUUAGUAGGGUACUGUAGUUGGUAUAGUUAGGGUACUGUAGUUGGUAUAGUUAGGGUACUGUAGUUGGUAUAGUUAGGGUACUGUAGUUGGUAUAGUUAGGGUACUGUAGUUGGUAUAGUUAGGUAGGGUACUGUAGUUGGUAUGUAGUUAGGGUACUGUAGUUGGUAUAGUUAGUUAGGGUACUGUAGUUGGUAUAGUUAGUUAGGGUACUGUAGUUGGUUUAGUUAGGGUACUGUAGUUGGUAUAGUUAGUUAGGGUACUGUAGUUGGUAUAGUUAGUAGGGUACUGUAGUUGGUAUAGUUAGUUAGGGUACUGUAGUUGGUAUAGUUAGGUAGGGUACUGUAGUUGGUAUAGUUAGGGUACUGUAGUUGGUAUAGUUAGUUAGGGUACUGUAGUUGGUAUAGUUAGGGUACUGUAGUUGGUAUAGUUAGGGUACUGUAGUUGGUAUAGUUAGGGUACUGUAGUUGGUAUAGUUAGGGUACUGUAGUUGGUAUAGUUAGUUAGGGUACUGUAGUUGGUAUAGUUAGGGUACUGUAGUUGGUAUAGUUAGGUAGGGUACUGUAGUUGGUAUAGUUAGGUAGGGUACUGUAGUUGGUUUAUUAGUUAGGGUACUGUAGUUGGUAUAGUUAGUUAGGGUACUGUAGUUGGUAUAGUUAGGGUACUGUAGUUGGUAUAGUUAGGGUACUGUAGUUGGUAUAGUUAGUUAGGGUACUGUAGUUGGUAUAGUUAGUUAGGGUACUGUAGUUGGUAUAGUUAGUUAGGGUACUGUAGUUGGUAUAGUUAGGUAGGGUACUGUAGUUGGUAUAGUUAGUAGGGUACUGUAGUUGGUAUAGUUAGGGUACUGUAGUUGGUAUAGUUAGGUAGGGUACUGUAGUUGGUAUAGUAGGUAGGGUACUGUAGUUGUAUAUAGUUAGGGUACUGUAGUUGGUAUAGUUAGGGGUACUGUAGUUGGUAUAGUUAGGUUACUGUAGUUGGUAUAGUUAGUUAGGGUACUGUAGUUGGUAUAGUUAGGGUACUGUAGUUGGUAUAGUUAGUUAGGGUACUGUAGUUGGUAUAGUUAGGGUACUGUAGUUGGUAUAGUUAGUGGUACUGUAUGGUUAUAGUUAGUUAGGGUACUGUAGUUGGUAUAGUUAGAGGGUACUGUAGUUGGUAUAGUUAGGUAGGGUACUGUAGUUGGAUAGUAGUUAGGGUACUGUAUUGGUUUUUAGUUAGUUAGGGUACUGUAGUUGGUAUAGUUAGGGUACUGUAGUUGGUUAGUUAGUAGGGUACUGUAGUUGGUAUAGUUAGUUAGGGUACUGUAGUGGGUAUAGUUUAGGGUACUGUAGUUGGUUAUAGUUAGUAGGUACUGUAGUUGGUAUAGUUGUUAGGGUACUGUAGUUGGUAUAGUUAGUGUACUGUAGUUGGUUAGUUUAGUACUGUAGUUGUAUAGUAGUUAGGGUACUGUAGUUGGUAUAGAUUAGGGACUGUAGUUGGUAUAGUUAGUUAGGUACUGUAGUUGGUAUAGUUAGGGUACUGUAGUUGGUAUGUAGUUAGGGUACUGUAGUUGGUAUUGUUAGGGUACUGAGUGUUGUAUAGUUAGGGUACUGUAGUUGGUAUAGUUAGUUAGGGCUAAUGUAGUGUUGUAGUAGGGUUAGCUGUAGUGGUAGUAGUAGGGUACUGUAGUUGGUAUGUUAGGGUAUGUAGUUGGAAGUUAGUAUUGGUAUGUUAGUUAGGUACUGUGUGGUUGUUGUUUGGGUACUGUUGUAUAGUUAGGGGAGGUACUGGUGGUAAGAGUUAGGGAUGAUGUUAGAGAGUGAUGAGUUGGAUAGUAGGGGUAUGAGGGUAAGUUAGGUAGGGACGUAGGGAAGAGUAGGGUACGUAGUGGAUAGAGUUAGGGACGUGUAGUUGGUAUAGAGGGACUGAGUGGUAAGUAGGUAGGGACUGUACUUAGUUGAUAGUUGCUUUUAGUAGAGACUGUAGUGGAAUAUACUGUGGUUAGUGUAGGAGUGGGGUUGUUUGUAGUUAGUGUACUGUAGUGUAGUGUAGUGUAUUGUAGUUAGUGUACUGUAUUGGCCCACAAAGCUUCUAUUGGAUAUGCUGUGUCUAUCAACCCCUCUUCGGUCUUCCUCUUUCGCUCCUCACUCCCUCUUUCUGUAGCCCUCUUGAGGGAAUGGGUUUCCCCAGCUGCUGAAGAUCCACAAAGAGCAGUUGGAAGAAGGAAUGAGAGAUCUGAGGAGGAGGAAUGAAGAGCUGGAGAGAGAGAGGGAGGAGGGAGAGGGAGAGGGAGAGGAGGGAGGAGAGAGAGAGAGAGAGGGAGAGAGAGGGAGAGAGAGGAGGGAAAGAGGGAGAGAGAGGAGGGAGAGAGGGAGAGAGAGAGGAGGGGGAGAGGGAGAGAGAGGGAGGAGGGAGAGAGAGGGAAAGAGAGAGGGAGGAGGGAGAGAGAGAGAGGGAAAGAGAGAGGGAGGAGGGAGAGGGAGGAGAGAGAGAGGGAAAGAGACCGCCUUCGUCGCUCAGUUGAGCAACUCGGAACCAGACUGGAUCAGGCACAGGUAGUGUGUGUGUGGUGUUAGGGUCAUUCUGUGUAGAAAUCAACAAUAGAAGGUAGGGCCUCCCGAGUGCAGAGGGACGCCACUACAACCUGGUUCGAUUCCAGAUUUUGACCGGGAGAUCCCAAGGGACGUGCACAAUUGGCCUAGCAUCGUCCGAGUUAGGGGAGGGUAGUCAGGGGAUUCCAGCCUAGCAUCGUCCGAGUUAGGGGAGGGGAGGGUAGUCAGGGGAUUCCAAGUCUCAGCACGCUGUAGCGGCGCCUUCAAGCUGACUUCACGUUGAACGGCGUUCCCUCUGACACAUUGGUUUGUCUGACUUCUGGGUUAGUGAGCAGUGUGAUAAGACGCAGCGUGGUUUGGCGGAGCAUGUUUCAGAGGACGCAUGUCCCACCCGUCACCUCUCCUGAGAACGCUGGGGAGUUGCCUCACAGACGAGGUCGUAACUAUACAAUUGGAUACCAUGAAAUGAAAUAAUGGGCUAAAAUGUGAAUGCAAAUAUUAAAAAUGGAAGGUAAAGGCAUGCUUGUGUUCCUUAGAGUUGUGGUGUUACCGAGGAAGCGGUUCAGCAUUCCGAUGCCCCGCCCUCAUCUGAAAGGUAUGACAUAAUUUCCUCAUCACUUCCUGCAACGUGUCCGUGUGUGUGUGUGCUGAUGUUUCUGCCUCCUGUCUCCUCAGCUCCCACCUGGCCAAACUCACAGAGCAGCUACAAGCCACGCAGUGCAGGUAAGAACUGUCUAGAGUAUCUCUCUAUUUUGCCUUGUAAUUCUGAACAGUGCUACUAAAGACCUGCAACUGUGUGUGUAGGUACAGAGAGCUGCAGGAGAAGUUAGAUUCACUCCAGAAGAGUUCAGCUCAGAGAGACAGAACUGAAGUGCUGCUUAAACAGAAGGACAAGGACUGUGCCCAGGUACACACACUGCACUCACUACACUCACAACACACACACACACCACAAAUGGCGCCGGAGGUAGAAUGGCGCCGGAGGGGACGGCUGCCGUUUUACAGGCUCCUAACCAAUUGUGCGUUUUUUCGCAUUGUUUGUAACUUAUUUUGUACAUAAUGUUUCUGCCACCGUCUCUUAUGACCGAAAAGAGCUUCUGGACAUCAGAACAGCGAUUACUCACCUCGAACUGGACGAAGAGUUUUUCCUUACUGAGUCGUACGCGAAGGAUUUACUGCUGAUACCGGCCCGGGCCCAAAUCCCCGUCAUUCACAUGAAGAGACGCCGAUACAGGGGGCGGAGUUCAGGGUGCCUUGUGAGAAUUCAUCGGCGAGUGGGUAACUCGCCUCUACCAUCCGUUCUAUUGGCCAAUAUGCAAUCACUGGAGAAUAAACUGGAUGAGCUCUGUUCGAGACUAUCCUACCAACGGGACAUUAAAAACGGUAAUAUCUUAUGUUUCACCGAGUCGUGGCUGAAUGACGACAUGGAUAAUAUACAGUUGGCUGGUUUUUCCGUGCGUCGGCAAGACAGAACAGCUGCCUCUGGUAAGACGAGGGGUGGUGGUCUGUGUCUGUUUGUCAAUAAAAGCUGGUGUGCGAAAUCUAAUAUUAAGGUUUUGCUCGCCUGAGGUAGAUUACCUCAUGAUAAGCUGUAGACCCACUAUCUACCAAGAGAGUUUUCAUCUAUAUUCUUCGUAGCUGUUUAUUUACCACCACAAACCGAUGCUGGCACUAAGACCGCACUCAAUGAGCUGUAUAAGGCCAUACGCAAACAGGAAAACGCUCAUCCAGAGGCGGCUCUCCUAGUGGCCGGGGACUUUAAUGCAGGGAAACUUAAAUCAGUUUUACCUAAUUUCUACCAGCAUGUUAAAUGUUCAACCAGAGGGAAAAAAACUCUAGACCACCUUUACUCCACACACAGAGACACAUACAAAGCUCUCCCUCGCCCUCCAUUUGGCAAAUCUGACCAUAAGAAAUCCCGCUACGCCCUCCGAUGAACCAUCAAACAGGCAAAGCGUCAAAACAGGACUAAGAUUGAAUCCUACUACACCGGCUCCGACGCUCGUCGGAUGUGGCAGGGCUUGAAAACUAUUACAGACUACAAAGGGAAGCCCAGCCGCGAGCUGCCCAGUGACACGAGCGUACCAGAUGUGCUAAAUAACUUCUAUGCGCGCUUCAAGGCAAGCAACACUGAAGCAUGCUUGAGCUCACCAGCUAUUCCGGACGACUGUGUGAUCACGCUCUCCGUAGCUGAUGUGAGUAAGACCUUUUAAACAGGACGCGUACUCAGAGCAUGCGCUGACCAACUGGCAAGUGUCUUCACUGACAUUUUCAACCUGUCCCUGACAGUCUGUAAUACCAACAUGUUUCAAGCAGACCACCAUAGUCCCCGUGCCCAAGAACACUAAGAUAACCUGCCUAAAUGACUACAGACCGUAGCACUCACAUCUGUAGCCAUGAAGUGCUUUGAAAGGCUGGUCAUGGCUCACGUCAACACCAUUAUCCAAUAAACCCUAGACCCACUCCAAUUUGCAUACCACCCCAACAGAUCCACAGAUGAUGCAAUCUCUAUUGCACUCCACACUUCCUUUUCCCACCUGGACAAAAGGAACACCUAUGUGAGAAUGCUGUUCAUUGACUACAGCUCAGCGUUCAACACCAUAGUGCCUUCAAAGCUCAUCACUAAGCUAAGGACCCUGGGACUAAACACCUCCCUCUGCAACUGGAUCCUGGACUUCCUGACGUGCCGCCCCCAGGUGGUAAGGGUAGGCAACAACACAUCCGCCACGCUGAUCCUCAACACGGGGGCUCCUCAGGGGUGCGUGCUUAAUUCCCUCCUGUACUCCUUGUUCACCCAUGACUGCAUGGCCAGGCACUACUCCAACACCAUCAUUAAGUUUGCCGACGACACAACAGUGGUAGGCCUGAUCACCGACAACGAUGAGACAGCCUAUAGGGAGGAGGUCAGAGACCUGGCCGUGUGGUGCCAGGACAACAACCUCUCCCUCAACGUGACCAAGACAAAGGAGAUGAUUGUGGACUACAGGAAAAAAAAGAGGACCGAGCACACCCCCAUUCUCAUCGACGGGGCUGUAGUGGAGCAGGUUGAGAGCUUCAAGUUCCUUGGUGUCAACAUCACCAACAAACUAUCAUGGUCCAAACACACCAAGACAGUCGUGAAGAGGGCACGACAACGCCUAUUCCCCCUCAGGAGACUGAAAAGAUUUGGCAUGGGUCCUCAGAUCCUCAUAAAGUUCUACAGCUGCACCAUCGAGAGCAUCCUGACUGGUUGCAUCACCGCCUGGUAUGGCAACUGCUCGGCCUCCGACUGCAAGGCGCAACAGAGGGUAGUGCGUACGGCCCAGUACAUCACUGGGGCCAAGCUUCCUGCCAUCCAGGACCUCUAUACCAGCCGGUGUCAGAGGAAGGCCCUACCCCGGUACCGGUACCCCCUGCAUAUAGCCUCAUUUAGUUAUUUUAUUGUUACUUUAUUUUUUACUUUCGUUUAUUUAGUAAAUAUUUUCUUAACUCUUAUUUUUCUUAAUUGCAUUGUUGGUUAAGGGCUUGUAAAUAAGCAUUUCAAGGUAAGGUCUACACCUGUUGUAUUCGGCGCAUGUGACAAAUAAAAUGGGAUUUGAAACACUCACAACACACAGCACAUGUUGUCCCUAACACUCAGUCCUACUGCAUCGUAUUGUCUGAGUAACAACUCUCUCUCUCUCUGUGUCACGGAGUAACAACUCUCUCUCUCUCUCUCUGUGUCACGGAGUAACAACUCUCUCUCUCUCUCUCUGUGUCACGGAGUAACAACUCUCUCUGUGUGUCAGAGUAACAACUCUCUCUGUGUCACGGAGUAACAACUCUCUCUGUGUGUCAGAGUAACAACUCUCUCUGUGUGUCAGAGUAACAACUCUCUCUGUGUGUCACGGAGUAACAACUCUCUCUGUGUGUCAGAGUAACAACUCUCUCUCACUGUCUUGAGUAUUAACUAUUUUUAUCUCUCUGUCUAUGGUGUUUGUGUAGCUGGCUAAGGAUGGCGAGGCGCUGAAGGCCCAGGUGACGUCUCUUCUGGGUGAGCUGAGAGAGAGACAGAGCUGUCUGGACCAGAGCCAGCAGGACCACAACAUACUGAAUGACAAGUAUGACAACGUGUUUGUGUGUUAACUCUCAGCAAAUUGCCUAUGCGUUAGCCAUCUGUGGCAUGCAGACUAGCCGGGUCCCAAGCCCAUGUGAUGUGUUUAGAAUGUGUGUUUAAAGAAAAGGACUGGAGUGGACUGUAAACUAGUUUCAGGGUUGCUGCCACCAUGGACUGUAAGAUAGGUUCAGGACUGUUGCUGGACCAUGGACUGUAAACUAGGUUCAGGACUGUUGCUGGACCAUGGACUGUAAACUAAGUUCAGGACUGUUGCUGGACCAUGGACUGUAAUGGAGGGUUUUAAAGGCCAGUAGGUUGGGAAUAAUGUGGUGGUUUGGAAGGAAAACACAUUAAGAACACAUCAACAAAGGUGCAGACAUGACAAAGUAACAGGAAUAUGGGUUUAACACUAGACAGAUGAGAUGUCUGCCAUCACAACUAGAACAAAGGACCAAUAGCAUUGUCAUUCACAAACUGAGGGCUUGGAUAUACAAAGGGAUAGAACCAAGGGCAACAUUAUUUAUUUAUCAUAUCACUCACAAUGGAAGGAGAGAGCUGCCUCAUCAUAUCACUCACAAUAUGUGUGUGUGUGUGUGUGUGUGUGUGUGUGUGUGUGUGUGUGUGUGUGUGUGUGUGUGUGUGUGUGUGUGUGCAGGCUGAGCAGUGCUCUGGAGGCGUUGGCAGCAUCAGAGAGAGAGAUGGAACAACAGAGGAAGCAGCACUCUGUGACGGUAGACAAACUACUGCUGCAGACACAGAACCUAGAAACCGCCCUGAAGACUGACCGACUGGUUAUUACUGAAGAGAGGUACACACACACAGAACCUAGAGACCGCCCUGAAGACUGACCGACUGGUUAUUACUGAAGAGAGGUACACACACACAGAACCUAGAGACCGCCCUGAAGACUGACCGACUGGUUAUUACUGAAGAGAGGUACACACACACAGAACCUAGAAACCGCCCUGAAGACUGACCGACUGGUUAUUACUGAAGAGUACACAAACAUUAUCCAUAUUAUCACCAUACUGAGGGACCUCACCAUAUUAUCACCAUACUGAGGGACCUCACCAUACCAUAUUAUCACCACACUGAGGGACCUCACCAUAUUAUCACCAUACUGAGGGACCUCACCAUAUUAUCACCAUACUGAGGGACCUCACCAUACCAUAUUAUCACCAUACUGAGGGACCUCACCAUACCAUAUUAUCACCAUACUGAGGGACCUCACCAUACCCAUAUUAUCACCAUACUGAGGGACCUCAACCAUACCAUAUUAUCACCAUACUGAGGGACCUCACCAUACCAUAUUAUCACCAUACUGAGGGACCUCACCAUACCAUAUUAUCACCAUACUGAGGGACCUCACCAUACCAUAUUAUCACCAUACUGAGGGACCUCACCAUACCAUAUUAUCACCAUACUGAGGGACCUCACCAUACCAUAUUAUCACCAUACUGAGGGACCUCACCAUACCAUAUUAUCACCAUACUGAGGGACCUCACCAUAUUAUCACCAUACUGAGGGACCUCACCAUAACCAUAUUAUCCACCAUAUGAGGGACCUCACCAUACCAUAUUAUCCACCAUACUGGGGACCCAUCACCAUAUUAUCACCAUACUGAGGGACCUCACCAUACAUAUUAUCACCAUACUGAGGGACCUCACCAUACCAUAUUAUCACCCAUACUGAGGACUCACCAUACCAUAUUAUCACCAUACUGAGGGACCUCACCAUACCAUAUUAUCACCAUACUGAGGGACCUCACCAUACCAUAUUAUCACCAUACUGAGGGACCUCACCAUACCAUAUUAUCACCAUACUGAGGGACCUCACCAUACCAUAUUAUCACCAUACUGAGGGACCUCAAUUUAUCACCAUACUGAGGGACCUCACCUACCAAUUAUCACCAUACUGAGGGACCUCACCAUACCAUAUUAUCACCAUACUGAGGGACCUCACCAUAUUAUCACCCCAUACUGAGGGACCUCACCAUACCAUAUUAUCACCAUACUGAGGGACCUCACCAUCCAUAUUAUCACCAUACUGAGGGACCUCACCAUACCAUAUUAUCACCAUACUGAGGGACCUCACCAUACCAUAUUAUCACCAUACUGAGGGACCUCACCAUACCAUAUUAUCACCAUACUGAGGGACCUCACCAUACCAUAUUAUCACCAUACUGAGGGACCUCACCAUAUUAUCACCAUACUGAGGGACCUCACCAUAUUAUCACCAUAUUGAGGGACCUCACCAUACCAUAUUAUCACUAUACUGAGGGACCUCACCAUACCAUAUUAUCACCACACUGAGGGACCUCACCAUACCAUAUUAUCACCAUACUGAGGGACCUCACCAUAUUAUCACCAUACUGAGGGACCUCACCAUACCAUAUUAUCACCAUACUGAGGGACCUCACCAUACCAUAUUAUCACCAUACUGAGGGACCUCACCAUACCAUAUUAUCACCAUACUGAGGGACCUCACCAUACCAUAUUAUCACCAUACUGAGGGACCUCACCAUACCAUAUUAUCACCAUACUGAGGGACCUCACCAUACCAUAUUAUCACCAUACUGAGGGACCUCACCAUAUUAUCACCAUACUGAGGGACCUCACCAUACCAUAUUAUCACCAUACUGAGGGACCUCACCAUACCAUAUUAUCACCAUACUGAGGGACCUCACCAUACCAUAGUAUCACCAUACUGAGGGACCUCACCAUACCAUAUUAUCACCAUACUGAGGGACCUCACCAUACCAUAUUAUCACCAUACUGAGGGACCUCACCAUACCAUAUUAUCACCAUACUGAGGGACCUCACCAUAUUAUCACCAUACUGAGGGACCUCACCAUACCAUAUUAUCACCAUACUGAGGGACCUCACCAUACCAUAUUAUCACCAUACUGAGGGACCUCACCAUAUUAUCACCAUAUUUAGGUGCCGAUACGAUAUGUAUUGCAAUACUCAUGAUUGCGUUUUCAAUACUGUGAUUUUAUUGCGAUUCAAUGUUCUAAACAUAUUGCUCACCAUGUGUCUGCUUCAGAGAGACAGAAGGCAAUAAAUACAAAUGCUGAAAACAUUUUGGCUCACUUUUUUAAAAGAAGAUGUAGAACAAAUUGAUACUUGAGUCAAAUAUCGAUAUAAUAUAAUCCAAAGAUAAAAUAGCGAUAUUUAACUAUCGAUUAAUUUGAAUUUAUUAAAUGUUUUUCAUCACUACUGGUUAUUACCUACAGUGGCUUGCGAAAGUAUUCACCCCCCUUGGCAUUUUUCCUAUUUUGUUGCAUUACAACCUGGAAUUAAAAUAGAUUUUUAUUUGGAUUUCAUGUAAUGGACAUACACAAAACAGUCAAAUUUGGUGAAGUGAAAUGCAAAAAAAAAAAUAACGGAAAAGUGGUGCGUGCAUAUGUAUUCACCCCCUUUGCUAUGAAGCCCCUAAAUAAGAUCUGGUGCAACCAAUUACCUUCAGAAGUCACAAUUAAUUAAAUAAAGUCCACCUGUGUGCAAUCUAUGAUUUUUUUGGGGGGGUUUGUAUCAUUUGAUUUACACAACAUGCCUACCACUUUGAAGAUGCAAAUUUUAUUUUAUUUUGAAACAAACAAGAAAUAAGACCAAAAAACUGAACUUGAGCGUGCAUAACUAUUCACCCCCCCCCCCCCCCCCCCCCCCCCAAAGUCAAUACUUUGUAGAGCCACCUUUUGCAGGAAUUACAGCUGCAAGUGUCUUGGGGUAUGUCUCUAUAAGCUUGGCACAUCUAGCCACUGGGAUUUUUGCCCAUUCUUCAAGGCAAAACUGCUCCAGCUCCUUCAAGUUGGAUGGGUUCCGCUGGUGUACAGCAAUCUUUAAGUCAUAUCACAGAUUUUCAAUUGGAUUGAGGUCUGGGCUUUGACUAGGCCAUUCCAAGACAUGUAAUUGUUUCCCCUUAAACCACUCGAGUGUUGCUUUAGCAUUAUGCUUACGGUCGUUGUCCUGCUGGAAGGUGAACCUCCGUCCCAGUCUCAAAUCUCUGGAAGACUGAAACAGGUUUCCCUCAAUAAUCUCCCUGUAUUUAGCGCCAUCCAUCAUUUCUUUAAGCAAUGGCUUUUUUCUGGCCACUCUUCCGUAAAGCCCAGCUCUGUGGAGUGUAUGGCUUAAAGUGGUCCUAUGGACAGAUACUCAAAUCUCCGCUGUGGAGCUUUGCAGCUCCUUCAGGGUUAUCUUUGGUCUCUUUGUUGCCUCUGAUUAAUGCCCCCCUUGCCUGGUCUGUGAGUUUUGGUGGGCGGCCCUCUCUUGGCAGGUUUGUUGUGCUGCCAUAUUCUUUCAAUUUUUUAAUAAUGGAUUUAAUGGUGCUCCGUGGGAUGUUCAAAGUUUGAGAUAUUUUUUUAUAACCCAACCCUGAUCUGUACUUCUCCACAACUUUGUCCCUGACCUAUUUGGAGAGCUCCUUGGUCUUCAUGGUGCCGCUUGCUUGGUGGUGCCCCUUGCUUAGUGGUGUUGCAGACUCUGGGACCAUUCAGAACAGGUGUAUAUAUACUGAGAUCAUGUGACAGAUCAUGUGACACUUAAUUAAAGUCCACCUGUGUGCAAUCUAACUAAUUAUGUGACUUCUGAAGGUAAUUGGUUGCACCAGAUCUUAUCUAGGGGCUUCAUAGCAAAGGGGGUGAAUACAUAUGCACGCACCACUUUUCCGUUAUUUAUUUUUUAGCAUUUUUUGAAACAAGUUAUUUUUUGCAUUUCACUUCACCAAUUUGGACUAUUUUGUGUAUGUCCAUUACAUGAAAUCCAAAUAAAAAUCCAUUUAAAUUACAGGUUGUAAUGCAACAAAAUAGGAAAAACGCCAAGGGGGAUGAAUACUUUUGCAAGGCACUGUAAGAGACGUACACACACAUUAUGUAUCAUUACUGUAAUAACCUCUCUGUCUUCCAGGAAGAAACUGGCUCAGCUGCAGCAUGCCUACACCUGCCUGUUUAAGGACUACGACUCCAAACUCAAGACUGAGGUGUGUGUGUGUGUGUGUGUGGCAAGCCAGUGUACCCAAAUACCUUUUUAACCAGAGCACAAUAACCAAUAAAUGCCAUGUGUGUGUAGGGAGGAGACAUGUGUGGUCGUGUGGAGGAGGCAGAGAGAGCGUUGGCUCUGAAACAGGACCUGAUUGACAAGCUGAAGGAAGAGGUGGAGCAACAGAGAGGAUCUCUAGAGACCGUUCCUGUUCUCACCGCCCAGGUACACACACUCACCCAUGUACUGACCACCCAGAUACACACUGCCCCUGUUGCUUUACCCUGGGGCUGAGGGCUAGGGGCUGAGGGCUAGGGGCUAGGGGCUGAGGGCUAGGGGCUAGGGGCUGAGGGCUAGGGGCUAGGGGCUGAGGGCUAGGGGCUAGGGGCUGAGGGCUGAGGGCUAGGGGCUAGGGGCUGAGGGCUGAGGGCUAGGGGCUGAGGGCUAGGGGCUGAGGGCUAGGGGCUGAGGGCUCUAGGGGCUGAGGGCUGAGGGCUAGGGGCUAGGGGCUGAGGGCUAGGGGCUAGGGGCUGAGGGCUGCGCUACGAGUGGAUUAGUGUGAACACACUCCCUGCCUCCAGUGCUUGGCUUGGCUUGGCCCCUAUAUUCAGGAGAAUAGACCAGGGUUCUUCAACUCCAACUCCCAGUCCAACUCCAGUCCAACUCCAGUCCUGCAGGGCCAAAACACUUCUGGUAUUCAUCAGGUGGCCCCUACUUAUUUUAUAACUGUCUUCUAUAUCUGGGGUCCGCUAUCUACCACCUGUGAAUGUGCUAAAUGGCAUAUUAUUUAUAUUAUUUAAUGUGGCUGGUAGCAGCCAGCUCUGCCCCACUGCCCAAUUACACAUCUACAUAAACACGCACGCACACAGACACACACACACCACACACUCACCUUUACUCACCCCUUGGUAAUGAGUGCAUAAUAAUAUUUGGCGGCCUUGGCCAUGCACACAGGCUGACAGAACAUGGCCUUUAUAUUGCAGGCUGCAUAGGACCAAGGUCAAAUAACUACUACUGCUGUGUCAGUGGUCAGUCUAUCUGGAGAACUAGUUACUGCUGUGGGUCAGUGGUCAGUCUAGCUGGAGAACUAGUUACUGCUGUGGGUCAGUGGUCAGUCUAGCUGGAGAACUAGUUACUGCUGUGUGUCAGUGGUCAGUCUAUCUGGAGAACUAGUUACUGCUGUGUGUCAGUGGUCAGUCUAUCUGGAGAACUAGUUACUGCUGUGUGUCAGUGGUCAGUCUAUCUGGAGAACUAGUUACUGCUGUGUGUCAGUGGUCAGUCUAGCUGUAUGGAGAACUAGUUACUGCUGUGUGUCAGUGGUCAGUCUAUCUGUAUGGAGAACUAGUUACUGCUUUGUGUCAGUGGUCAGUCUAGCUGGAGAACUAGUUACUGCUGUGUGUCAGUGGUCAGUCUAGCUGUAUGGAGAACUAGUUACUGCUGUGUGUCGGUGGUCAGUCUAUCUGUAUGGAGAACUAGUUACUGCUGUGUGUCAGUGGUCAGUCUAUCUGGAGAACUAGUUACUGCUGUGUGUCAGUGGUCAGUCUAGCUGGAGAACUAGUUACUGCUGUGUGUCACGGUCAGUCUAGCUGGAGAACUAGUUACUGCUGUGUGUCAGUGGUCAGUCUAUCUGGAGAACUAGUUACUGCUGUGUGUCAGUGGUCAGUCUAGCUGGAUAACUAGUUACUGCUGUGUGUCAGUGGUCAGUCUAUCUGGAGAACUAGUUACUGCUGUGUGUCAGUGGUCAGUCUAGCUGGAUAACUAGUUACUGCUGUGUGUCACGGUCAGUCUAUCUGGAGAACUAGUUACUGCUGUGUGUCAGUGGUCAGUCUAGCUGUAUGGAGAACUAGUUACUGCUGUGUGUCAGUGGUCAGUCUAGCUGGAGAACUAGUUACUGCUGUGUGUCACGGUCAGUCUAGCUGGAGAACUAGUUACUGCUGUGUGUCACGGUCAGUCUAUCUGUAUGGAGAACAAAGGUAUUUCUGUAUCUAUAGUCCAUGUAUCUGUGACCUUUGACAUUUUUUAUCCCUCUUGAAUGUAAUGUGUUUUGUAAAUUCAAAUAAAGUCUGUGUGUGCCUGUGUGUGUGUGUGUGUGUGUGUGUGUGUGUGUUUGCCUGUGUGUGUGUGUGUGUGCGUGCCUGUGUGUGUGUGUGUGCCUGUGUGUGUGUUUGCCUGUGUGUGUGUGUUUGCCUGUGUGUGUGUGUGUGUGUGUGUGCCUGUGUGUGUGUGUGUGUGUGUGUGUGUGUGUGCCUGUGUGUGUGUGUGCCUGUGUGUGUGUGUGCCUGUGUGUGUGUGUGCCUGUGUGUGUGUUUGCCUGUGUGUGUGUGUUUGCCUGUGUGUGUGUGUUUGCCUGUGUGUUGGAUGUAUUGGAUGUAGUCUAUCACAGUGCCAUCCGUUUUGUCUCCAAAGCCCCAUACACUACCCACCACUGUGACCUGUACGCUCUUGUUGGCUGGUCCUCACUACAUGUUCGUCGUCAAACCCACUGGCUCCAGGCCAUCUAUAAAUCACUGCUAGGCAAAUCCCCGCCUUAUCUUAGCUCAUUGGUCACCAUAGCAGCACCCACCCGUAGUCUGCGCUCCAGCAGGUAUAUCUCACUGGUCAUUCCCAAAGCCAACACCUCCUUUGGCCGCCAUUCCUUCCAGUUCUCUGCUGCCAAUGACUGGAACGAAUUGCAAAAAUCUCUGAAGCUGGAGACUCUUAUCUCCCUCAAUAACUUUAAGCAUCAGUUGUCAGAGCACCUUACCGAUCACUGCACCUGUACACAGCCCAUCUGAAAUUAGCCCACCCAACUACCUCAUCCCUAUAUUGUUAUUUAAUUUGCUCUUUUGCACCCCAUUAUCUCUAUUUGCACAUAAUCUCUUGCACAUCUAGCAUUCCAGUGUUAAUACUAUUGUAAUUAUUCUGCACUAUAGCCUAUUUAUUGCCUUACCUCCAUAACUUGCUACAUUUGCACACACUGUAUAUAUAUUUUCUGUUGUAUCUCUGACUUUAUGUUUUUUUUUUACCCCAUAUGUAACUCUGUGUUGUUUUUUGUUGCACUACUUUGCUUUGUCUUGGCCAGGUCACAGUUGUAAAUGAGAACCUGUUCUCAACUGGUUUACCUGGUUAAAUAAAGGUGAAAUAAAAUAAAUAAAUAAAAGUGUGUUUGCCUGUGUGUGCCUGUGUGUGUGUGUGUGUGUGUGUUUGCUGUGUGUGUGUGUGUGUGUUUGCCUGUGUGUUUGUGUGUGUGCCUGUGUGUGUGUGCCUGUGUGUGUGUGUUAGGCUGAGAUCUACAAGGCAGACUUCCUAGCGGAGCGGGAGGCCAGAGAGAAGUUGCACCAGAAGAAGGAGGAGCUUCAGGACCAGCUGAACAGAGCACUGGCUGAGAUGGAGCGUCUGAAACAGGAAGGGACCUCACGGUAACACACACACACACACACACACACACACACACACACACACACACACACACUGGACUGGGAUUAAUGGAUUGAAAUAAUGUAGUGUGUGUUUGUUUAUAAGGGCUCGUAUGGAGCAGAUGCAGCAGAGACACCUGGAGGACUUCAUACCACGACCAGGUACACACACACACACACACACACACACACAACCUGGAGGACUUCAUACCACGACCCAACAUCCUCCCACAACCAGGUACACACACACACACACACACACACACACACAACAACCUGAAGGACUUCAUACCACGACCCAACAUCCUCCCACAACCAGGUACACACACACACACACACACACACACACACACACACACACACACACACACACACACACAACCUGGAGGACUUCAUACCACGACCCAACAUCCUCCCACAACCAGGUACACACACACACACACACACGCACAACAACCUGGAGGACUUCAUACCACGACCCAACAUCCUCCCACAACCAGGUACACACACACACACACACACACACACGCACAACAACCUGGAGGACUUCAUACCACGACCCAACAUCCUCCCACAACCAGGUACACACACACACACGCACAACAACCUGGAGGACUUCAUACCACGACCCAACAUCCUCCCACAACAAGGUACACACACACACACAACAACCAGGUACACUCAGUUUCAGACCCUUUCUCUCUACUAAAUAGACUAUAUAGACUCACUUCUCUCUGCUAAAUAGACUAUAUAGACUCACUUCUCUGUGCUAAAGACUAUAUAGACUCACUUCUCUCUGCUAAAUAGACUAUAUAGACUCACUUCUCUCUGCUAAAUAGACUAUAUAGACUCACUUCUCUCUGCUAAAUAGACUAUAUAGACUCACUUCUCUCUGCUAAAUAGACUAUAUAGACUCACUUCUCUCUACUAAAUAGACUAUAUAGACUCACUUCUCUCUGCUAAAUAGACUAUAUAGACUCACUUCUCUCUGCUAAAUAGACUAUAUAGACUCACUUCUCUCUGCUAAAUAGACUAUAUAGACUCACUUCUCUCUGCUAAAUAGACUAUAUAGACUCACUUCUCUCUGCUAAAUAGACUAUAUAGACUCACUUCUUCAUUUUCUUUUCUCUCUGUUGCAUUCCCAGGAGGUGCCUUUAACACGGCCCCUCCCCCUUCCUCCUUCCGCAGCGUGGGAUUGGCUGCAGGAGUGUUAGGGGGUGUCUCUGGUGGCGGGGCUGAGGAGCUCCCUGACUUCCGCUGUCCAAAGUGCCAGUACCAAGCCCCGGACAUGGACACACUGCAGAUCCAUGUCAUGGACUGUAUCCAGUAACACACUGCAGAUCCACGUCAUGGACUGUAUCCAGUAACACACUGCAGAUCCACGUCAUGGACUGUAUCCAGUAACACACUGCAGAUCCAC